AUGGAAGUGGACUCCGCAGCGAGCCCGACCGCGAUCCAGACGACUGCUCCCGAGGGCAAGAAACGUGCACGCGGAUCGGAGGAGAAAGGCCAUGGAGGUGGUCAACCAGGGUCGGCAUCGAGGAGCAGACGAUCCCACAAGGUCCGUAAACUCGCGCCACCGCGCCCUGUCCCAACCGUAGCCCCGUCUGUGUCCGCAACGGGACCGCGUUCGGCGCAUACAGAGGGCAAGAACUACAUUUGCAUCACGCGGCGGACAGAGUUGGGCGCGUACCUCAGACGCUGUAAGGAUGUGUUUCUUCAGGACGGCUACAAGACCCUGUACCUGAGCGCCAUGGGCGCCGCUAUACCCCAUCUCAUGCAGCUUGCACUAUCUCUCCCUACCAUCCUGCCUUAUCCACGGGAUGAGAUUCACACCGAAAUCUUGACCGGCACCGUCCACGUUCAUGAUGAACUCAUCCCAGAAGACGAAGAGGAGGAUAUCAUCUACCGGACGCGUGGAAAGUCAACUGUUAGCGUCGUUAUCAAAAUCGGGGACGGUGUCAACGAGCCUACUGCAGGCGCGGCGAAGGGCAGCGGGAAGAAGAACAAUCUAGGUCGCGCGGUGUCGACCAAAGGAGGCGGGAAGCCGAUGCAGAAGGAUGUCACUCGCACCGCAGAGCCGAUCGUUAUCCGAGAAGACGAACUAGACGAUUCUUGA